AUGGCUGCCAAGGUAGAGGUGAGGCUCAGCGGGCACCCAGGGGCGCUGGCAGGGGCCCAGGAGCAUGUCCAGGCCGUCACCAGGAAUUACGUCACCAACCCCAGGCUGACGUACCGGACGGUGUGCGGGGUCAACGGGCCGCUGGUGGUGCUGGACAACGUGAAGGGCCGUGUGAUUGGCCUCCUCGUUACUGCUUCUCCCAACGACCCUGCCAGAACCGACGGGGUGAGGGCCCAUUCACGGGGCCCCCGGGGCCUGGCAUGCCGGGGCAGGAUUGCUUCCCACAGAGCAGCGGCAGCUCGGACAUUAACCCCGGCCUUGCUUCUCUCUGCGCAGUUCGCCCAGUACGCCGAGAUUGUCAACUUCACCCUCCCCAAUGGCACCAACAGGAGCGGGCAGGUCCUGGAAGUGGUGGGCUCUAAAGCUAUCGUGCAGGUGUUUGAAGGAACAUCUGGGAUCGAUGCCAAGAAGACAUCCUGCGAGUUUACCGGGGACAUCCUCCGGACACCUGUUUCCGAGGACAUGCUAGGUCGGGUUUUUAACGGUUCUGCAAAACCCAUCGACAAAGGCCCAGCUGUUAUGGCCGAGGAUUUUCUCGAUAUUAACGGUCAGCCUAUCAACCCUCAUGGUCGCAUAUACCCUGAGGAGAUGAUCCAGACUGGCAUCUCGCCCAUCGACGUCAUGAACAGCAUCGCCAGGGGGCAGAAGAUCCCCAUCUUCUCUGCUGCUGGACUCCCUCACAACGAGAUCGCCGCUCAGAUCUGUAGACAGGCCGGCCUGGUGAAAAAGUCCAAGGAUGUGAUGGACUAUCACGAAGAGAACUUCGCCAUCGUCUUCGCAGCCAUGGGGGUGAACAUGGAAACCGCCCGCUUCUUCAAGUCGGACUUCGAGGAGAACGGCUCCAUGGAGAACGUGUGCCUCUUCCUGAACCUUGCCAACGACCCCACGAUCGAGCGCAUCAUCACCCCGCGCCUGGCGCUGACCACCGCUGAGUUCCUGGCCUACCAGUGCGAGAAGCAUGUCCUGGUGAUCCUGACUGACAUGAGCUCCUACGCCGAGGCCCUGCGGGAGGUGUCGGCAGCCAGGGAGGAGGUGCCAGGCCGCAGGGGCUUCCCUGGCUACAUGUACACCGACCUGGCCACCAUCUACGAGCGCGCCGGGCGCGUGGAGGGGAGGAACGGCUCUAUCACGCAGAUCCCCAUUCUAACCAUGCCCAACGACGACAUCACCCACCCCAUCCCCGACUUGACGGGCUUCAUCACGGAAGGGCAGGUGUACGUGGACAGACAGCUCCAUAACAGACAGAUCUACCCCCCCAUAAAUGUGCUGCCCUCCCUGUCCCGCCUGAUGAAGUCGGCUAUCGGGGAGGGGAUGACCCGGAAGGACCAUGGUGACGUUUCCAACCAGCUGUACGCCUGCUACGCCAUAGGCAAGGACGUGCAGGCCAUGAAGGCCGUGGUCGGGGAGGAGGCGCUGUCGGCCGACGACCUGCUGUACCUGGAGUUCCUGCAAAAGUUUGAGAAGCAGUUCAUCGCCCAGGGCCCCUACGACAACAGAACCAUCUUCGAAUCGCUGGACAUCGGCUGGCAGCUGCUCCGCAUCUUCCCGAAGGAGCUGCUAAAGCGGAUCCCCGAGAGCAUCCUGGCCGAGUACUACCCGCGGGAGGCCAAAGCGCCAGGCCCGCAGCAUCACGACACCGCCCUGUAACCGCCUGCUCCGCUCCGGGCCAGCCCCUCGCUCGGAGCCUAGUUACCAGCUCCUGUCCCCGCCCGUGGGUGCUUUGGCAGCGUAUUUAUGUAAAGGAACAGCCCCUAGUACUCUGAGAUGGCUCUGCGGCUGGGUGGUAUUUACACAGCCGGCAGCUAGUGUCCUCUCUGCGCGAUCACGCUUCUGUGAUGCUGUCACAGAGCUGCUGUCCCAACACGCCCCCUUGUGGCUGGAGAUACACAGCUCUGCCUCAGUUUCCCCAUGGCAAUUUUCAGCCUGCUCUGGCUGUAAAGGUGACUGGCCCUCUGGCCCAGCCACUGGAAAGCAUUCAACCCGUUGUGGGGUGACAGUUCCUUAAGCCAAAGCCAAUACAUGCUGAAAAUAAAAGAUUCCCUCUUUAACCCCUUCCUGUCUGGGGCAAGGUUUGCCUGCCCCGUCACAUCAGCCACAGCAACCGCACGGAGCAGCAGCUGCUGCUGGGGACCAGAGGCCCUGUGAGAUGAGCAGUCCCUAUGCUAACAACAAAGCCAUGCUCCAGGUCCCCUCUCCCGGGA